AUGAACGCCAAAACUGUAGCCCGGCGGUCGACAGCGACCGUGACGUCCUCGCGAUCUAGGGUCACGUCUUCGACCUGUGACGAGAAUUCGACACCUUCAAUUGCUACGCAAUCUGCGAAUUCGAGGAAGAAACCGACUCUGAAUUCGACUGUUCGAAGACCUGCUGCACGGCCUUUGGGUACUCAAUCCCCUCGUACCUCUCUGGGUUCUAUUACCCUGAACGCCCCACGAGUCCUAUCUACACCCCCGGCUUUUGGUCUCAAGGAUACCCCAAAAACGACGCGAACCACCAUCCAAUUUGACGGCGAAGGCAACAAGGAAAAUAUCCCUCCUUUCCGGCUCGCCUCCCUUUCCAGCCUCAGCCCACCCCGUCCAAAACGAAACGCCAACAGUUUGGCUAUGGCCUCGCUCAAGAGAGCCUCGACACUCCCUUCACUUUCCACCUCCCGCCUCAGCCACGUAGCACCCUACUUUCCCAGAACUACCACCGUCAAUCACUCCGAUACCGACGACGACUCUGAUGCCGCCCUCUCGCGGCCCCUGUCUCGCAGGGUUCUGACCAGCCCGUCGCGUCUCACGCGCUCGAUCACCGCGUACCAAAAGGAUGGCAAGGUUCUCCUUCGGUUUGGCAAGGUCACCCCGUUGGCUUUGGAACCUGGUUCAGAGUCGGAUUCCAGUUUUGAAAUGGGUAUGGAGGACGAGGAAGACUCGGAGAAACUCGAGGCGGCCCUUGUUGGACUGCAGAAGGCGCUGGGCAAGCUGGAGGUCAAUGGAGGUUUAUAA